AUGGGACUCAUUCCUCGAGGAGCGCAAUUUGAUACCUACGACAAAUAUUCCUACAUCGGAAAAUUGGGUUUGUGUGGAUUACCAUUAUCAAAGAUCUGCGAUAAUGAUGAUGGUUUGGAACCACCUUCAGCAAUAUCGGAUGGAGAUGAUGACAUCAAAAGAGCAUUUAAUUGGAGAUUUGCUACAUUGAUAGGGUAUGGAUCUGGGCUGGUGUUUGGAUUUUUCAUGGGUUGCAUUGUGUUCACAACCGAAAAACCAUGGUGGUUCAUAAGGAUGAUUGAGAGAGUUCAGCAAAAAUAUGGUAGAAGGAUAUACACAACACAGUUAAUGCUCUUAGCACUGACAAGUUGUAGCAAAUGUUCUCAGGUUGGAUGUGUUCCAAUUAAGGAUCAAUACUCCCAAGAAGACAGCUCUGCCUUGCUCCAAUUCAAGAACACCAUUUCUAUUGAUGAUUCUGACGAUCCUUUCUGUCGUGAGUCAAUGACUUCCUCCCCUAGGACAAACUCCUGGAAGGACAGCGCAAACUGCUGCUCAUGGGAGGGAGUCACGUGCGACAAGGUGACUGGUCAUGUGAUCGGUCUCGACCUUAGUUGCUCUUUGCUUGUUGGCUCUCUUCCUGCAAACGGCACCCUCUUCCUCCUUAAAGGACUCCAACAACUCAACCUUGCUCGUAACAAUUUCCAACAGUCACAACUUCCUUCCACUUUGUUCAACCUCACACAACUUACUUAUUUAGAUUUAUCAUUCAAUAGACUAGAAGGUCUCAUCCCAAAUCAUGUAAGUGGGCUUCAGAAUCUAAAAGAAUUCCACUUAACUGACAACUUAUUAAGUGGUGGAAUUCCAUCUUGGCUUUUUACUCUGCCAUCUUUAGAAUAUUUAGACCUCAGCCAUAACAGGCUCACUCGUCCAAUCGAGCAGAUUCUAAAGCCUAAUUCAAUUCACGACUUCAUCUGCAUCAAGUCAGAUAUGCUUCCAAAGCUCGAGAAUCUUGAAACACUCGAUCUUUCAUCAAAUAAUUUUAGUGGUGUCAUCAAGUCAGAUCUUCUUUCAAAGCUCAGGAAUCUUAAAACACUUCAUCUUUCAAAUAACAAGCUGCUAUCGUUGAGUAGUGGCAGUGAUUGGAAGAACUUGAAAGAUCUUGAUCUUUCCUGUAACAAAAUUCGUGGCUCAAUUUUCAUGUGGGAAUUAAAAGGUUGGGAACAAUUGACCACUUUAAAUCUUUCUUACAAUUUACUGACUAGUUUAGAGCAAUUUCCUGGGCAUAAUCUUAAAAACCUUGAUCUUCGUUCCAACCUACUCCAAGGUCCACUGCUAGUUCCACCCCCUUCAUUGCGACAACUCUUCAUUUCAAAUAAUAGUUUGACAGGAAAAAUCCCGCCUUUGAUUUAUUUGGCAAAUAACAAGUUAAGAGACACCUUUCCCCAUCGGCUAGGUGUACUUCCACAGCUGCAAGUUCUUAUCCUGGGAUUUAAUAGAUUUCAUGGUCCCCUGGACAACUCGAUAGUUACACCUUCUUUUCAGUCAUUGCAAAUAAUUGAUCUCUCUCAAAAUGAGUUUAGUGGCCUCUUGCCAACAAAUUUCUUCCAAAAUCUACAUGCUAUGAAAUUUACCCGAGAAGGUAAUCUUGCAGACAUACUCACAAGAAUUCGUUAUGAAAGUCCAAUCGAUAGAGAUGGUCAGACUUCUGUCAAUGUGAGAUCUAAAGAUUUUUCAAACAAUCGGUUCUCUGGAAAAAUCCCUGGGGUCAUUGGAGGGCUUUGCUCAUUGCGAUUGCUCAACCUCUCUCACAACAUCUUGACCGGUCAUAUCCCAUCAUCGUUGGGGAACUUGGUAGCACUUGAAUCAUUAGAUCUCUCAUCAAACAAGCUUGGCGGCAGAAUUCCUUCCCAAAUGACAAACUUGACAUUUCUUGAAGGGCAACAUGGGAUUGUGCGGCUUGCCAUUGUCAAAGCAAUGCAGCAACGAUGA